AUGACCAUCAAACGUUCAGCGACACGACUAUUCAGGAUGUCCAGCGAGGAACUCUCCAAAGGUAUCAAGCGAACAGCAUCUACGUCCUUGUCUCCAACACCUUCAUCUAACAAUAGAAGUACUCCAAAACUUCGGGAUGCUCAAGGUUUCCGUAUGAAGAUUCAAAACGUUGAUAAAUCCAGACUCACCGCAUACGACCAGCUCGGGGGAGAACUUGCUGCAGACAAGACUAUGAAGCAAGGUAAAACAAUAGAAGAAGAGGAGGCCGAAGGGGCCAGUUAUGUCAUCGACGGUAGAUUACGUCGUGUAAAUCCUUAUUAUUUCACAUAUUUAACUUAUUGUAAGUUACGUUGGAGAGAUCGGAAUUUGUUAGAUAUUUUCGUGAGUGAAUUUCGGGAUAGGUCCCCUGAACUGUAUAAGAAAGCAAUUGAAGAAGGGCAGGUCACACUCAAUAAAAAGCCAGCAAAUCUUGACUCAAUAGUUCGUAAUGGGGAUUUGAUCAGUCAUAGAAGUUAUAAAAGAGAACCUCCAGUAACCUCGCGUGAGAUUAAAAUUGUUUAUGAGGAUGAUGAGAUUGUUGCGAUCGAUAAACCUAGUGGUAUACCAGUGCAUCCAACCGGAAGAUAUAGAUACAACACAAUCACCAAAAUUUUCCAACAUGAAUUUGGAAAAGUCGUGCACCCAUGUAAUAGAUUGGAUAGAUUAACAUCAGGUCUCAUGUUCUUAGGUAAAACUUCCAAGGGGGCAGAUAAAAUCGUUCAGAAAAUCCGAGAACGUAAUGUUUAUAAAGAGUACAUCGCAAAGGUAAUUGGUGAAUUCCCCCUUGAUCCAAUCACAGUCGAUAAACCCUUGAACACACUUUCCAAAAAACUUGGAUUGAACGUGGUUGACGAAACACCUACCGGGAAAGAAUCAAGCACCGAAUUCAGACGUGUUUCCUACGACCCUAUCUCCAACACAUCGAUUGUCAAGUGUCAUCCACUCACUGGUCGAACCCAUCAAAUCAGGGUUCAUCUCCAGUACAUUGGCUAUCCCAUAGCCAACGAUCCAAUCUACUCCAACGAAUUUGUCUGGGGACCCAAUCUUGGCAAAAAUGCCGAAGCAGACUUUGACACCGUCAUGCACAAUCUCGAUCGGAUAGGAAAAGAUAAGGCAUCCUCAAGCUGGGCUCAUCCACAAGAAGAUGGGGAGAUCAUGACUGAUGAAAUAUGCCCAAUUUCGGGAUUACCGAUUUAUUCGGACCCGGGACCUAAUGAUUUAGAUCUUUGGUUGCAUGCAUAUAGAUAUGAAGCAAGUGAUGGGAGUUGGUCGUAUAAAACAGAAUAUCCCGAAUGGGCCUUGGCGUCGCUGAGACCAUUUAUGGAAAGAGCGAUUGAGGAGGCUGAAAAGUGCGGUGAAACUCAAACUCAGUUCAAUGUAGGCGCGGUGUUGGUUUCACAGGGGGAAAUUAUUUCGACUGGACAUUCGAGGGAGUUGGAAGGUAAUACACAUGCUGAACAGUGUGCUUUGGAGAAAUAUUUUGAGAAGACAGGGAAGAGAGAAGUUCCAAAGGGAACGGAGAUUUAUACUACUAUGGAACCUUGUUCUUUGAGAUUGAGUGGGAAUCUACCAUGUGUUGAUAGGAUCUUGGAAACUGGGAUUAAGACAUGUUUUGUAGGGGUAUUGGAACCAGAUGUGUUUGUAAAGAAUAAUACUUCUUACAAAAAAUUAAAGGACCAUGGGGUCGAGUAUGUGCAUAUUCCUGGUUAUGAAGAGAAGUGUCUUGAAAUUGCCAAAAGAGGACACGAAAAGAUUGCUCAACAGAAUUCUGAAGGAGAAAAGUCAACUGAACACAAUCUGUAA